AUGGGAAAAUCGCAAUCAAAGCUUUCGCAAGAGCAACUCAACGAGUUACAGCGCUCAACCCAUUUCGACAAGAAGGAGUUGCAGCAAUGGUAUAAAGGCUUCUUGAAGGAUUGUCCUUCGGGAAUGCUCACCAAGGAGGAAUUUCAAAAGAUCUACCGGCAAUUCUUCCCUUUCGGAGACCCCUCAUCCUUUGCCGAUUACGUCUUCAAUGUCUUCGAUAGCGAUAAGUCAGGCUCGAUCGAUUUCAAGGAGUUCAUUUGCGCAUUGAGCGUUACCAGCAGAGGAAAGAUGGAAGAUAAGUUGGAUUGGGCAUUCCAACUCUAUGACAUCGAUGGCGAUGGAAAGAUAAGCUAUGAUGAGAUGCUGGCAAUUGUUGAGGCUAUUUACAAGAUGGUCGGAUCCAUGGUCAAGCUCCCCGCCGACGAAGACACACCAGAGAAGCGUGUCAAGAAGAUCUUCCGAAUGAUGGACAAAGACGAGAACGGCAGUCUAGACAUGGAGGAGUUCAAGGAAGGCAGCAAGCGGGAUGAGACCAUCGUAUCUGCUCUGUCUCUCUACGAUGGCCUGGUUUGA